CAGCUGAUAUGUUUAUUUUCAAUAAGCGUUCAAGUUUAUACAGCUUGGAGUUUUAAAAUAUGCAUAAAAAUGAAGAUCUAACACGGCCCAAACUAAACCUUGCCUGCACGCAGUGUGCAGUAUACAUUUGUAUUUCGCCUCCUUGUCUCAAUAUUUUUGUUGAACUAAGUUAUGCAAGCGUAGAAUUCAAAACACCAACUAAAACUGAUCUUUUACACAAAGGAAAAGACGCAAUUGUAAAGACAGACGACACUUUUCACAGCAGGGAUAAACUCCUGCUUUCCUUCCGUAAUUUUCAUAGUUCAAUGUUUAUAUACGUCGCCCGGACUGGCGUGGGCGGGGUCCUGACUGCUGUUUUUCUUAGGUAGCCUGUUAAAAUGCCCGAACUCAAAACGCUUCUUUUUCCAAGAUGGCGUCGAUGAAGGACAGCGACACCGGCCUGUGGCUUCACAACAAACUAGGAUCCACGGACGAGCUGUGGACGCCUCCGAGCAUCGCCUCCCUCCUCACCGUGUCAGUAAUCGACAACAUACGGUUGUGUUUCUCGAGCCUGUCGCCGCCGGUGAAGCUCAAACUGCUGCUCGGGAUGCUGCAUCUUCCCAGGCGGACCGUUGACGAGAUGAAGGAGGCUCUGUCUGAGAUAAUCCAGCUGGCCACGGUGGAUUCGGAGCCCUGGGUGCUGAUGGUGGCCGAUAUCCUCAAGUCCUUCCCGGAGACCGGCUCUCUCAACCUGGACUUGGAGGAGCAGAAUCCGAAUGUGCAGGACAUUCUCGGUGAACUCAGGGAGAAAGUGGGCGAGUGCGAGGCGUCCGCCAUGCUCCCCCUGGAAUGCCAGUACCUGAACAAGAACGCGCUGACCACUCUAGUAGGACCGCUCACUCCCCCCGUCAAACAUUUCCAGCUCAAGAGGAAGCCAAAGAGUGCAACGCUGAGAGCAGAACUGCUUCAGAAAUCAACAGAAACGGCGCAGCAGCUGAAGAAGACAGCCGGAGUGCCUUUUCACGCCAAAGGGAGAGGACUGGUCAAAAAGAUUGAUACCACAACUCCUCUCAAAGGAAUUCCCAAGGCCCCGUUCCGCAGCCCCACUGCUCCCAGUUUAUUCAGCCCUCCCAGUAACCGCACACCCAUCCCCUCCCCACGGACUCCUCUACGGAAGGAGAGAGGGGUCAAGCUUUUAGAUAUUUCAGAGUUGGACAUGGUUGGAGCUGGAAGAGAGGCGAAGAGGAGAAGAAAGACUUUAGAACCAGAAGCCGGAGAAAAAGCAGCCAAAGAAGAGUCGGUGGUGGAGAACACCACUCCAGAUUACGCUGCUGGCCUCGUCUCUGCUCAGAAACUUGGGGCGCUAAACGAGAAUCCCCUGCCCUCUACCAGCUACCUGCCGGCUACACCCAGCAUGGUUCCCUCCUCCUCUUACAUUCCCAGCUCCGAGGCGCAGCCAGCCAACGCUGGUGGUUCUGGACGGGACAUGCUGCAGGCAGCUCGCCAGCCAGAGGAGUCCACCACAGCAGCGGCCGGCGCCGGCUCCACCUUACCCAGCCAGUACAAGCAGCGGACGCCCAUGUACAACGCCGGCUCCACGGCCAACCCCGCCACUCCCACGUCCCCCAGCACACCCACCUCCACGCCGGCCAACAACGGGCCGCCGGCGGCCGCCACCGCCAGCCAGCCGGAGACUCCCACCCAGCCCCCCACCACUCCUCAGACUCCUACACCGACACCAGCACCUACGCCAGCGCAACCCCAACCCAAAAAGAACCUCUCACUCACGAGAGACCAGAUGUACGCCGCUCAGGAGAUGUUCAAGACCGCAAACAAGGUCACCAGGCCAGAGAAGGCUCUCAUUCUGGGGUUCAUGGCUGGAUCCAGAGAGAACCCGUGCCCGGAGCAGGGGGACAUCAUCCAGAUCAAGCUGAGCGAGCACACGGAGGUUCUGCCCAAAGCCGACGGCACCGGCAGCACGACCAUGCUGGUCGACACGGUCUUCGAAAUGAACUAUUCGACAGGACAGUGGACCCGCCUCAAGAAAUACAAACCCAUCACCAACACUUCCUGAAGGGACCCAACACGCACAAAAACCCACGCCCCAAAAUUCACACACACACUUCACACACACACAAAAAAAAAAACACAUUUAUGUACACAAACAUUUGGGCCAAAUCAAGCUCGCACAGGUUGUCAAGGAGAGAAAGAAUCCUCCCUUUUACCAAAAUGGAGAGCUUCCUUUUUUCUUCCCCCACCCCCUCCUUUCCCUCUUUUACUGUUCGUUUUUAAGUCCGCUCCAGUUGUUGAACAAUGCGGGUUCAGGACGGCCGACGUUACGGCUGGCACCUUUGAGCGCCGAGGCAAAAGCUGUCUGUAUUCUGUAUUAAAAAAAAAUAAUAAUUUUCAGCUUCGGCCCUUCAAGAUUGAAUGUUGUUCACUAAAUGGAGACGUUGUUCUCAUUGCAGGCGACGCAGAAAAGACAAAAACAAACAAACCACAGGCGGGUAAUUCCUCUCAAUGCCGUCAAGUUGUGUGAGGAGCCUUCUGGUUGGUGUUAAUUAUUUUUCAGCCUUUUUCAAAGGAAGGGAAGAAAAUAAAGAUACAACAGACUCCAUGUUGAGGGUAUCUUUCAUCAUUACUUAUCCUUCGAUUCAGUCCAAGUUGUCAAAAUGAGUUUUAUUUGUUUGACCUGGUUCUAAGCUGAAUUAUGUCAGCGGCUCUCCGCAGUGUUAAAACGUAAACUGACAUUUCAUCAUUUUAAAGUUUUUACACAUAAUGUGACAUCUAUUCUGUACAAGUCAAUUAGCAAACAAGAGUGAAAUAAAAAACUUUAAUCCAUUGGUUGCAUUAAUAGGUACAACUUCAAGACUGAAGUUUUGUUGAAGCACCUGCUUGAGUUCAUAUGUAACGAACCAUAAAUGCAGUUUAGCUGACCCACUAGUGAUUUGCACCAUGCAGAAAACAGUGGUGGUGGCACCAUCAUGUCUUCUGGAGCUCAUGAUGGUGCCGUUUUGGAAGUAAUUUUAACUUUAUUCAUUAAGUGAAUGAAAUCAAAAUGACUUCCAAAACCUUCAGAUUUUAUUUUGAUUUAGACCUUUGGAUUAGCGAGACCAGAUGUGGGAUGCUGAAACUGAUUUAAAAGGUGCUUCAAGAAAUUAUUAAAAGUAGAAAUGUAUGCAGCCAGCUUCUUAAAUAUUAUUCCUUCCAUUUGAUUUUUUUUUGGUUGAACUGUACUGUAUUCAUGUCACAUUAAAGGUGUAACAAGUUUUAAAUAAUUUAUCAACGUCUCUUUCCUUUUGCACCACAAACCUUGACGCUUGUCGACCUUUAAGAGACGCUUCCUUAUGGAGGGUUUCCUACAUAAAUGUGUAUUUUUCUGGAUCUGGGUAAACUGAGAAGUUGAAGCGUCUUGCUGUUUUAUUAACAAGCAAUCAGAUCACGUUAAAUGAAGGAGCGAAACCGAAAAGCAAAGCUUUUGUUUACCGAUCUGAUCCAGUUCUGAUUCAUAGUUUUGAAUUAUGAUCAAAAGAAGAACUCUUAUUUUAAAGCAGUCGGCUGUGGUGGUUCAAGAAGAAAAGGAUGGAUUUACAUUAAAUCUAAAGUCACACAACUCCAGUCACAGAAACCAUCAACUGUUUGUACUUGAGCUUUAUUUAGAUUUAUAUAUAAAUUAGUGGAAGAUUUAUUAACACAGUGGUGGUGAAAAGCAAAGUCUGCACAGUGCUACAGCUUAACACUCCAACAGUGUUUCCACUCACCUAGAACUUGGUCUGAAA